CCGCCCCCCCCCCCUGCCAACAUGGACAUUGUCGUGUUGCUCGGCGACGAGUACCUCCUGCGUCCUCUCCUCUAUGAGCCGCUCAUUGAGCUGACCGGCUUCACGCCGCUGGCGGACCAGCUUUACUUCCCCCGGCUGGCCUUCUCCACCUGGCUGCUGCUCACCCUCGGCGCCAUCGUCAUGUACCUGAUCACCUCCACAAUCUCGUAUCUGAUCUUCUUUGUCUGGCUCCGAGACAAGUACUACCCGGAAACGGCCGAGCAGCCCUUCCCGGGCCAGGAGAAGCUCGAGAUUCAGAUGGCCCUCUGGUCGUGCCCGUGGAUCGGUGUCCUGACCGCCCCCUUCGUCUUCCUCGAGGUGUGGGGCUACUCCCGGCUGUAUGAGAACCUCUCUGACUACCCGCUCUGGUAUAUCCCGGUGCAGAUCAUCCUCUUCAUCUUCUUCACCGACACCGGCAUCUACUGGAUCCACCGCCUGGAGCAUGACAUCCCCUUCCUCUACAAGUAUGUGCACAAGCCCCACCACAUCUGGAAGGUGCCGACCCCCUUCGCCGCGCUGGCUUUCCACCCGGUCGACGGCUGGCUCCAGUCCACCCCCUACCACAUUGCGGUCUUCCUGUUCCCUGUGCACAAGCAUGUGUACCUGGGCCUCUUCGUCUUUGUCCAGCUCUGGACCAUCAUGAUCCAUGAUGGUGUUGACUUCAGCCCCUUCGACUUCAUCAACGGCUCCGCCCACCACACCCACCAUCACCUGCGCUUCGUCUACAACUACGGCCAGUUCUUCACCUUCUGGGAUCGCCUCUGCGGCACUCACCUCCACCCGAACGACCUUCCUCCCCUGGAGAAGAAGCGCCUGGAGAAGCAGCGCCAGCUGGCUGCCGAGCAGGCCAAGUCCUCGGCCGUUGCCUCCGGCGAGGCCACCACCACCGCCGCCGCCGCUGCCAAGAAGUCCAACUGAUAGCCUGGCGCGCUGUGUCCCCCCCCCCCUCUUCAUCGCGGCCGUGUCUGCCCGCAUCUGAUCCCCCCCCCGUCUCCCCCUGCCCCGUUGCGCAUGUGCGCAGCCCGGCGACCGCCUUGGGUGCCGGCUGCACAUGCUGCCCCCCUUCCCCCCCCCCCCCCUC